CUGAACGCUAUGUGCUGGAUAUGAAGACUGGAAAAUCUAAAAAGCCUAAAGAGCUAGAGUUGACUCCCACAUUGGUAAUCACUACAAGUGAUUCCAACCCCUUGGGUAUUCUCAGCCCCUCACUACCCACAGCAUCUCUUACACCAGCAUUCUUCUCCCAGACCCCCAUAUUGCUAACUCCAAAUGCCAUGCUCUCCAGCAUACACUUCUGGAGCACAUUAAGUCCUGUCGCUCCUCUCAGCCCAGCAAGAUUACAUGGUGCUAAUACCUUGUUCCAGUUUCCUUCUGCUUACAACAGCCAUGUUCCUCUCACAUUGUCAAGCUUCGACAGUCCAUCUACUCCAGGACCCUUUACUCCUGAUUUGCAAAAGUCCUAG